AUGGUUGCUCAUUAUGUGCCUCAAGGAAGAGGAAGACGUUUUGUUCAACAAGCUACAAAUCUAUAUCAUUUUCGGGUUGGAAUCUUUUUGGAAGUAAUUGAUUUGCAUCUUCAAGAGCUUGAUAACCGUUUUAAUGAGAUUAACAUGGAGUUACUUACAUACAUGGAGUUUUCAUGUAAUGAUUUAACGGCUCUUGAUCUUCAACUCGAUGUGUUCUUGGAUGCUAUGUUAAACGAUGAAAGAUUUCAUGAUUUGAAAGAUAUCAAUUCUCUUUCCAUGAUGCUUGUUGAAACAAAGAGACAUGAGACAUUUCCUCUUAUACAUUUGCUAAUCAAGUUGAUGUUGAUUCUUCCUGUUGCUACGGCAAGUGUAGAAAGAGUGUUUUCCGCAAUGACAUAUGUCAAAAGUAAGUUGAGAAAUAGCAUGGGUGAUCAACUUAUGAAUGAUUGUUUGGUUACUUUUAUUGAGAAGGAAGUGUUUCUACAAGUUUCCAAUGAAAUGAUUAUUGAUCGUUUUAAAAGUAUGAAGACUCGAAGGAUGAAUUUGUAA